CAAAACCAGAGRCCCGGUCCUCAGCAAAACCAGAGACCYGGUCCUCAGCAGGACCAGAGACCUUUUCCCCAACAAACUCAGAAUCAGGGAUCUACAAAAGAACCUAAAACCGAGUCUGAUGGCAGCCAAGACCAGGGCUUCAAGGCCUCUCUGUCCAUGCUGCUGAAGCCUGGGGAGAAGUCGUACACCCAGAGGUGCCGUUUGUUUGUUGGAAACCUGCCGAGUGACAUCACAGAGGAGAUCAUGAGAAGGAUGUUUGCAAAGUACGGAGAGCCCUCUGAGGUCUUUAUCAACAAAGGGAAAGGAUUUGGAUUCAUCCGUCUGGAGUCCAGAGCGCUUGCAGAAAUAGCGAAGGCAGAGAUGGACGACACGCCGAUGCGAGGCAGACCGUUGCGUGUUCGUUUUGCCACGCACUCUGCAGCUCUGUCUGUGAAGAACCUGUCUCCUUUUGUUUCCAACGAGCUCCUGGAGGAAGCCUUCGCCCAGUUCGGGGUGCUGGAGAGGGCUGUUGUUGUUGUCGAUGACCGUGGACGCUCCACAGGCAGGGGGAUUGUCGAGUUUGCUUCCAGAUCCGCUGCCAAGAAGGCCCUGGAUCGUUGCAAUGAUGGGGUCUUCCUCCUCACAACGUCCCCUCGUCCUGUAAUUGUUGAGCCUCUGGAGCAGUUUGACUGUGACGAUGGGCUUCCAGAGAAACUGGCACAGAAGAACCCGAAAUAUCAAGCAGAGCGUGAGCACCCUCCCCGCUUCGCCCGCCCCGGCACCUUUGAGUUUGAGUAUUCCAAGCGCUGGAAGUCUCUGGAUGAGAUGGAGAAGCAGCAGAGGGAGCAGGUGGAGAAGAACAUGCGUGAGGCUCGUGAGAAGCUGGAGAGCGAGAUGGAYGACGCUUACCACGAGCACCAGGCUAACAUGCUCCGUCAGGAGCUGCUGAGGCGACAGGAAGAACUGAGGCGCAUGGAGGAGAUGCACAAUCAAGAGAUGCAGAAGAGGAAAGAAAUGCAACUAAGACAAGAUGAAGAACGACGCAGGCGUGAAGAAGAGAUGCUUCGGAAGAGAGAAUUGGAGGAACARAUGCGCCGCCAGCGUGAAGAAAACUACAGGAUGGGCAACUUCAUGGAUAGGGAGAUGAGAAUGCACACCAGUGGAGCUUUGGGYGUAGAUGACAUGGCCUUUGGAGGAACCAGYCAGCAGUUUUCAAUGAGCAGUCUCAGCUAUGAGGGCCAGUCCGGGUUGGGAUCCUCACCAUCAAGCAUGAUUGGCAACGAAAUGCGCAACGAGCGCUUCGGCCAGRGCGGUUCUAGAGCGAUGGGUGCGAGCGCCCCUGGGUUUAGCAGGGUCCGCGAGGAGUUUGAGGGUCCUCUUAAGAAAGCCCGUUUUUAAAAGCUGCUCUUUGAUGCUUCAGGCAGCACACAUUGUACAGAUGCUCAAGACAAACAUUGAGUCCUUUUUCUUGUAUUUCAGUUGAAACUGUUGCAGCAUUUUAGUCACUCAGAUGACUGGUUUUAUAAUUAAGUCAGUAACUUUUUUUCUUUUUUUAAUUUAGUGAUGUGAUUAGUGUAGGAAAGGUCACCAUGGUGUGAUCAGUUCUUUCUGACAUGUAUCCUUUCUGUUCUCCUAGAUGUAUUAUUAUCUGUGAACCGUCGUGAAAUGAAAACUGUAACUUUCUGAUCCUCUUAUGGCUGUGUUUUGUGCCAUACGUUUGGAGCUGAAGCAUGAUUAUAAUAAAGGCACACUGGUUCCAUCAGGACAAACUUUCAA